GCAUAUGUGCGUAAUCAAUAAAACAGAAUUGUUCCAAACCUUUCUAUAAAGACGCACUGAAUUUAACAUCCUGUACAUACAUGUAGAACCAUAAGAUACAUUGGCAUAUAGAGCAAACAAAUUACUGAGUGUUUAUUGACAACAAAUUCGAGACAUCCUCUAGGACUAUUCAGCUCAGAUCGUUAACACCAUUGGCAGUACACCGAAUGAUGGAUCCCAGUUAUGAUCAAGAACUUUCCUUUAAGGAUGACAAAGUGACGAUCAAAGAAUUCAAUAAAAGAGAAUUGGGGCGCCUUAUACUCAAACAAUGCGGAAACGAAGGUACGGUGGACAAUGAAGAAAAGGGGAGCAUGCGCAGAUUACUCCAGGAAGCUAUCGACUACCUUCCAAAGGAAAAAGUUGGCGUUUGGAAAAAUGCAACAGUAACUAUUUACGACAUUAAAGGAAAUUCGCUUGAAAUCACCAGUGGACGCGGACGUCAUCAAUUCUUUAUCAACCACAAUAUAAAGGGGGAAACAACCAUCCACAAAAAGGGAUCUGGGGGAUGCAUUUUGUGUUAAGCUUUCCUAUAAAAAUGACAUGUACACAUAGAACAGUGUGUUAACUUAUCAAAUUCAAUUCAUACUUGUCACAAAAGAUAUUGCCAUGCUUUUAUCAUUAAAAAGAAAACAAAAUACAAUAGUUAUAUUGUGCUGCAAUUUUAGGGAAGAAAUCCUACAUACGAAACACGUGUCAAAAUCAUAGGAUAUGAAUCUAGUAUCUGGAAUGGUUUUCUAAAUAUAUAUAUAACUAUUUGUUGUGGCCUCAUGUAACUUAAAAGUAAAUUGAUUUGGUUUGACUGAUUAAUAGCUUCUAGCUAUCUUUGCCUAUUAGCACUUCGGCGUUUUCCACGUUACCAAUACAAUAAGAUAGAACCCAAUUUACAAUCUUGUAGAAGGGUGAUAAUUCGCAUAAAACUUACCUGAGCGCCAGGAAGAUUGCCUUUGAAAGUCAAAGGCUAUUGCCAUAAAAUUAUUUGUUCUUAUACGAACUUUUGAUGUCAAGUGGAGAUCACGGAAUCUCUUAAACACUUCUCAUUAUUGAACUUUCUAUUAAAACACAGAUAAAGCAAUACAAUUUA